AUGUCGACAACUAUAAAGGAGUCUGCCUCGGCAGCAACAGACCGCAUAUUAUCUCUCACAGCUCAAUUGAAAGGCUCCUCGAACCCCGCGGAUCACCAACAGAAAGCAAAAAUGGCGGUACCAUACAAGUUCCAAGGAUGGAUGGGGCUCGACAAGGAUUGCGCGGACGGCAAGAUGGUUUGGCAAGAGUACGAGCCAAAGACCUGGACCGAAGAUGAUGUGGAUAUCAAGAUCCAAUAUUGUGGCAUCUGCGGAUCGGAUAUUCAUACCUUGAGGUCUGGAUGGGGUCCCAGUCUCUAUCCUUGCUGUGUCGGUCAUGAAAUCGCUGGAACUGCGGUGAAGGUUGGGGAAAAUGUCAAACAUAUCAAGGUUGGAGACCGGGUGGGUGUCGGGGCACAAUCAGGCGCAUGUCUAGAUUGUGAGGACUGUAUUGAGGGUAGAGAGAACUACUGUACCAAAAUGGUAGGGACAUACAGCGGGAAGUACCCUGACGGAUCGAAGUCAUAUGGUGGCUAUGCGGAUUAUUGUCGUGCACCAGCCCAUUUCGCUGUGAAGAUUCCAGAUGGCUUGAAACUUGCCGAAGCAGCCCCAAUGUUAUGCGGGGGAGUGACUGUAUGGAAUCCCCUAGUGAAUAACGGUGCAGGGCCUGGAAAGAGGAUUGGUGUUGUUGGUCUGGGAGGUCUUGGCCAUUUCGCUGUGCUCUGGGCAAAGGCAUUGGGUUGUGAUGAAGUUGUUGUGAUCUCCCGAACGAACGGCAAGAAGGUCGAUGCCGUAAGAAUGGGGGCAACAAAAUAUAUUGCCACCGAGGAGGAUGAGGGAUGGCAUAAAAAGAACGCUCGCAGUCUGGAUCUCAUCGUCUCCACUGUUUCAAGCCCCAAGAUGCCCUUGGCCCGAUAUCUCCAGCUCCUGCGGCCAAAUGGGCAAUUCAUCCAGGUUGGAGCCCCAGAGGACAAUAUCCCAGCAUUUAAUGCAUUCUCGCUCAUCGCAAAGGGAUGCAAGAUGGGAGGUUCUUGCAUUGGCACUCCAGCUGAUAUUACCGAGAUGUUAAACUUUGCUGUAGAGAAAAACAUCCAUCCAAUUAUCCAGGAGAGGCCUCUGAGCAACGCAAACCAGGCAAUCGUUGAAAUGGAUCAAGGCCAUGCAAGGUACCGCUAUGUGCUUGUAAAUGAGAAGCAUGUGGAGGAGGCAAGGGCAUAG